GAUUUCCAAAUUUUACAUUAUGUCGGUAAUAUAUGAACGCUUAAAUCAAAAUACCACAUUCCAUCUCCCCCUAGAUUUUCCUCAGCUAAAUUUUUAAGUGGCAAGAAUUUUAUAGAGGCAGCUAAGGAUCCUUCAUUUUCCCUGAUAACUUCUCCAUUUUCUAUUCAUCCUUUUAAGCUUUUAAUUAAUACUUUUGCAUAUAAAACUUAGUAAUCGCAUGCAAAAUCAAGAAAAGAAAUUAUAUCUGAAAAACAAUUAGAAGAUAACACCUAUUUGAAAUAAGCCAUAGUAUAAUAUACAUUAACCUAUCUAAGAAAUAACAAUAAACUCCACUAAAAAAGAACAAGAGAAAAAACCUUAAAUCGCUACUAGCUAGCCCCAACCUCAACGGCCAGUGCCCAACAACGUCGUCCACUGUCUUUUGAGUUUUAAUCAAGGAUGGUUGUUCUUUCUCACUCUACGACAUUUUGUUCAGGUUUCAUUCAUCAUUCCAUAAAGCCCACACUGCUAUUCCAGGGCAAUAUCAGUUGUUACAAUGGCAUCAAAGUGGUACAAUCUAGAUGGGCUCAAAGGGGAAGUGAUUAUGUUCAAAAAUCCAAAUUGGGCUCAACCUGUGUUGUGCACAUGGCAAGAAGAGAACCUUAUCAAUCUAGCUUCGAGGAUAACUUGCUCCACGAACCUUUUCUUUUAACCAUUGCUAAAGAAGCUGUGUGGUGGAUGAGAUCUCUGUUCAUUUUUUUAAGUGAGCAGCCUGGUCAACUGAUGUAUAUAGAAUGGCCGAGCUUCCCUAGCACACUGAAGACAGCUACUCUGACUCUUGUUCUGGUAGCGUUGCUAAUUGUAGCACUUUCCUCAGUAGACUCUGCUCUCAGCUAUCUCUUGGCUGUCCUUACAAGGAGAGCUCCAUAAUCAACUGUGAGGUGAACCGAAGUUUUGGCUUUAGCAUUUUAAAUUUUAUGAAUCUCUUGCUGUUAGUUAGUAUAUGGUAGGAGAAGUAGGUCAUAAAGUUGUGUCACAUUGCUUAAACAGAAUAUUCUUGUCCUCUAAUUCUAGGAAAAAUUUCCCAUUUGUUAAAAUAUUGGGAUUUUUUAUGGCAAAAUUUAUGUUUAUAAUUUUUUGUCUGUUCAAAGUGAAAUGAAUGGACAAGAUGUUUUGAGUCUUUAUGCAUGCUCUGCAUGUGUUUUUAUUUGGGAAGGAUUCUGGCAUUAGAUUUACUAAAUUUCUCUCUAUUUGGAUGGAGAUGUGUGUGCCUGCAAUGUGAUUGUAGUUUUGAUCUCAUUUUAACAGAUAUGCGAAGAAUUAAAAAAGUUUUGGUUUGAUUAUUUUUAUUAUUGUUCAUAGUCGCCAGUGCCCACCACACUAAGGUUGCCAUCCCUUGUGAAACUAAAGCCAACCAUCGAAGAAAGCCUCGAUCAAGGCCACUUAUCCAGCAAGCCUUCAUGAACAUUGGAAUUUGCAGGAAUAGAAGUAGACAAGAUGACAUCAAAGCUGGAGAUUAAACAUUAAUAAUAUGGUAGAAAAUAGAGAGGGGGGUUCAUAAGAUUCUUUGCCUCGACUACUGCUAUGGCAGAUGAAUUACAGAAUUAGGAGUAGGAUUCUCAUGGUAGCUUCAUAAGCUUAGUGGGUUUAAGAAAUAUAGUUUCUUAUGUUUUCUGCUUGGAUCGUUGGAGAAGGAGGUCAAUGUGGAUCCUGAGGAUUCAUUGUUCCGUUACCGUAUGAAUUCUUGAGGCCAGAAGAAGGUUUGUAGAAUUACUUUUCCAAAUUGUUGUUGGGGUCAUAGCCAUCAUUAUCAUGAUUCAUGAAGGUUUUCUCACAUACAUCUAAAGUUAAUUUAUCUACACAAAUUAUCAUGCAAAUCAUCUAUGGUUUACAUUCCUAUUAAAAAAUAAUUUCUAGUGCCUGGAAAA